UUAUUAAAAAGCGCUGCUUUUUUUCUUAAAGGAGAAGCGACAUUAAGACACACGGCCCGGUUCCGAUGCCUUCCGAUUCUGGAUUAUCCGAUCCUGUCCCUUUAAGUUUGAAGUUUUGUGAUUAAUGGAAUGCAUAAAUAGAAUUUACUAUCAAUAAACGGCUUUUUUCUGACAGAAGAAGAAUCGGGACGAGUGAGCUUGAGAGGUCCGUCCUGAGCUUCAGCUCCCCCCACCUCCCCGCCACCAGCACCAUCUACCAGCCCGCUCGGGUGCAGCUGGCAGCGCAAGGCGGGCGGCGAUGGAAUCGGAGCCGACCCGGCCCAGCGGUGACAGCGGGGAGCCGGAGCCUCAGUCUAGCGAAGCAGAUGCCGGACAGACGCGGGCUGCACCCGUGGCGACAGCAGGUGACCUCAGUCCAACGGGCUCGGGAAGAGUUCUUCGGGGCCGAACAGUCACCGGAGCUACGGCAGCGGCCUUGGCGACUCUGGUGGUCCGGAACUCGGACGAGCACCCACCGUCAACGCCACCAUCGAAACCUGGGCCUCGUUCUGGAAGAGUGCUGAGAGUAAGAACGAGUCGCGCAGGGACCGCUACAGCUGCCAGGGAGAAGAGCCGGGGAACCGCCGGGUGCGGGCAAGCUGAAGAUGGAGCAGACGAGGGCUCCGCAGCAGCCCGUCGAAGGAAGGCGGAGUGCCCGCGUCGGAGAAGGAACCCCGCUGUUCGUGGAGAGAGCGUGGCUCAGGCGCCGGGUGACAGCGGCCUAACGACAACCUCUAAAGACAGAAAUGACAUCACCAAAAAAGAAAGCUCACCUGGAUCAGCAUCUUGUACUCCAAGGUCACGUCCAGUGAGGUCUCGCCGUGGUGGUAGAACGAAUGCUGCACAACAGAAGGACUCAACUGGAAACUCGAAAACAGCAGAGUCUCAGAUUGAUUCGGAGGAGUUUAUUUGCAAAACUGAGCCUGACACGGAACAAAAAAGUUACUGGGCUGCCCCAGAGGAUCCUCCAUCCAAAGUCGGAUUAAGUGAGGAAGAUGAAGACAUGGUCAUUAGUGAGGAAGAACCCCCUUUUCGAGACGACCCCAAAGACCAGAACUAUAAGCCACAGGAUGAAAGGGACCCACCUAAACCUCGUAGGAGGGCUCAAAAGGGAAAAAAUGAUAAAGACAAGAAGCUUGAUAUCAAGACUGAGGUAGAUGUUAAGCAGGAGAAUGAAUUUGGAGAGGAGAUUGAGCCACCAAGGAAAAGAGGAAGAAGAAGGAAGGAUGAUAAAAGUCCCCGGCUACCAAAGAGGAGGAAGAAGCCUCCUAUCCAAUAUGUGCGCUGUGAGAUGGAAGGGUGUGGAACUGUGCUCGCUCAUCCUCGCUACUUGCAGCAUCAUAUUAAAUAUCAGCACUUGUUGAAGAAGAAAUACGUUUGUCCGCAUCCUUCGUGUGGCCGCCUCUUCCGACUUCAAAAACAGCUUCUCCGGCAUGCUAAACACCAUACAGACCAACGGGAUUAUAUUUGUGAGUACUGUGCCCGAGCCUUCAAGAGUUCUCAUAAUCUGGCUGUACACCGAAUGAUUCACACUGGAGAAAAGCCCCUACAGUGUGAAAUCUGUGGUUUUACCUGCCGCCAGAAGGCAUCUUUGAACUGGCACAUGAAGAAACACGAUGCCGACACCUUUUACCAGUUCUCUUGCAAUAUCUGUGGGAAGAAAUUUGAGAAGAAAGACAGCGUAGUGGCGCACAAGGCCAAGAGCCACCCUGAAGUUCUGAUAGCGGAGGCUCUAGCUGCCAAUGCUGGGGCGCUGAUCACCAGCACAGACAUCCUGGGAUCAAACCAGGAAUCGCUGGUACACCCCCAAGAGGUAGUUAAUGCAGAGCACCCGGGUACAGAGAGCCUUCUGCUAACAUCGCCUUGCAUGAAUCAGAUGACCUGUGACCCCGACGCCCUCGUCAUUGGUACUGAAGAGCUGAAUAUCCCUCACCAAGCCAGGGCUAUGUGUGCCACGGCAGAUCGGCUAGUGAUCAGUCCACAGGUUUUGGCUUCGGAUACCCGGAUCCUGACCACCAGUACCGGAUUAAUCAUCAACGCUGAAGCACUCGGGGCAACCACAGAGGUUCUCAUUGAGAACUCGGAUCAUCAUAUCCUGCACUGAAAGGAUGCAAUAUGGACACUGCAUUGAGAGAGAAGAGAGAGAAAGAGAGACAUUUGGGCAGACAGGAUGGCAUGGAGGCUUUAUUUAAAACUAUAUAGAAAAUGUCCAUUCAGUGCAGUGCCUGACCAUGAAUAUUGCACCACCUUGCAUUUUUUUUUUUGUUUUGUUCUUUACUUCUUAACAUUUAACAUAAUAGGAUUUUUUUUUAAUUUAUAAUAGCUAUUGCUACUCGCUUGUACAGUCAAUGUAAAAUAAAACUGCCUUUGCUAUAGGUCCACAAACAAUAAGAUUUCAUUUGGGUUAUGAAAAACUAAUGAAUUGCAAAUCCGACUCUCGUCUAUUAAAGAAAACACAAAAAACACGCAAAAUAUAAAACAAA